AGGCAUUCACAGAGAGACAGACACACACACACACACACACACACAAGCGCAGACAAAGAACAGAGCGAAAUACUUGCACACAAAGGGAAUAUAGAAUACCGAAAACAGGACACAAAGCAAAACACAAAAUACACGACGGCAACAUGCCGUCGUUAGCAAUAAAUAAAACAGCACGCAAAGUUGCCAACACGUUCCAAUUGCUGGCAAUCGUUUUCUAUUGCUGCUGUCAAUUCCAAGUGCAUGGCCAACAUCAACAGCAGCAGCAGCAGCAACACUUAAAGUAUCAGCAAUUGCAAUAUCAAAUGCAACAGCAAUAUGAAUAUCAACAGCAGCAACAUUAUCAGCAGCAAUUUCAACAGCAACAACAGCAACAGCAGCAACAGCAACAGCAGCAGCAACAACAACUAUCAUCAGCAGUUGGAACACAGCAAUCGCAGCCAGUGGAGCCAAUCGAACUGUUGGCCACACAACCAACCCAGCUACUGCAAACGGGCGUCUCCCUGAUUGUGGACGAUGGCAAAGAUUCAGCUGGACCUGGCGGUGGUGGUGGUGGUGUUGCUCGUCGUCCAGGGAUAACACGAAAACGCAAACGUCGACCCCAAUUGCCGCUAGGGACCAUGGGUGCCAAUGAGGAGGAGGAUUCGGGAUCAUCCUACUGGCGUGGCCAUGUCGAUGACGAUGCGGAUGCCGUAGUACGGAAACGCAAACAGCCCCUGAGACCAACAGAGCAGGUGCUGGUGACAACAGCAGCAGCAGGAGCAGCAGCAGCAGCAGUGGAUGCCACAGCGCAGCCAACAAACUACAGUCCCAGUAAGGCCUACAGACGUCCCUAUGGUCAGGCCAAGAAGGAGCAGCCGGAAUCCCCGAUGCCGACAUUGGCAGGCACCAGCAUUAGUGGCAGCAAUCGAAGUCCAGUGGAUUUAAAGAAUAUAUUAAAGAACUCGGGUGGCCUUAGCCUCAGCGAGAUAUUGCAACAAAAGAAUCUGUCAUUAGAUGAUCUUUUAAAGGGGAAACAGAAUGCUCUGUUAGCCUUGCAGACGACAGCAGUGUCACCGGCGAUUUCUUCCUCACUAGCAACGCACACUGCUCCGGAAAUUAGGCAUACAGCGCAGAAUCAGAAGAAUGCAGUGCGUCGUAUACCAGCUGCCUAUUUGGGUGGUGGCAGCAAUGAUGAGGAGACAUCGGGAUCCAAGGCUAAACUUAAAUUCCCCACCCUGCAACGAUUGAAACUCUUUGGUAGCUCUUCACGUGAGAGCGGAACCACAAGACGUACAUUAUCUUCAAGUUCUUUGCCAAAUCCCAGCAUCAUUUCAACAACAACAACAACAACGACAACAACAACAACUCGCUUGCCCCUCUAUAAGAAGAGACAACAAAUGCGUUCGACAUUAAAACCGCCAGGAUUAUUUAAAACGGCAACCAGCACCACAACCACAAGCACAACCACAAGCACAACCAUGCCUAGCACAACCACCGAGGAAGUGGAUUCAAGUACUAGCCAACCCAGCACCACAAUAGCCAAUACCAUAGAUCAUCAAAUAGUCGAUGAAGGAGAAGAAGAAGAUAACGAAGGUGAAGUUGAAUCGAUGGAAAACUCUACCGAACCACCACAUCAACCGCCAGCACCACCAACAACCUCUUCAGCAAUACCACACCACCGCUUGCGUAAUGGCAGCAGUAAGGAAAAUAUAAAACGCUUCAAAGACAAUUUCAUUGGUAAUAAUUAUGACAAGAAUGUGGUCGAAGAGAGUGGUGAGGAUCUAGUGGAUCAAGUGGUUGAUGCCAGCAAUGCAAGUAGCACCACGUCCACAGCCAGUGGCAAUGUCAGCGAAGAAUUGAACUAUGCCGACGAUGAUCUUGAGAAUUUCUUUGAUGAAGUGGAAAGUAAUACCCAUCAUAUGAGAGUGCCUGCCCCACCUGCAUCCCAAGCACCACAAGAGUCGACAAUUGGUCCAACGCAGCUGACGGCAUCAAGCAAAACCCAAUUGGGUCUAAGUCUUGGUGUCGUUGUGGAUGAUGUUGAUGAUCGUACCGAUCUAUUGGAAUUGAUCGAAGAUCGCCGUUCGGGUAAUCGUCUAUUCAAGGUUUUGGAGCAACGCAAUAUGACACUGGAAGAGUUGAUAGAGCAUCGCAAACGUGGCUCCAGUCAGCUGCAUUUGUCAACCAUUGUGAAUGGCGGUGAUGAGCAUUCGCGUUUCUAUCCCGGCCAGAAGGUCAUAUUGCAGGAUAAUAUGGACAUUGUGACGGCAUUUGAGAAUUUUCCGCAUUUCAAUUUAAUUGAUCUGAAGAGUGUGAAGCCCGAUGAGAUUAAAACGGAUUCGCAGGGAUCGAGCUAUUUUACAUCUAUCAUUGACAUCGAGCCAAAUGAUAGCGGCGAUGGCACAAGCAAUAAUAAUCGAGGACCAGCCUAUACCCCAACCUCUUCGACGGGCCGACAACAACAUCGUCAGCAGCAGCAGCAACAACAACAACGCGGUGAAAAAUCCCUAGAUUUCUUUCCAUCAUGGAAAACUCUAGCACUUGCCUCACUGGCCACAGCCACAGAUGUUCAUCGCGGUGGCGAAAACAAACGAAAUGCCUAUUUCCUACCACCUCCGCGACUUUUACUCGACGGCAAUGUCAACUCGCAAGAGCUUGAUGCCACAGAUUCCAAUGACUCGAAAUCGGAAACGGAAUCGGGAUCAGAGUCGAUCGAUAUAGAUCUAAGUGUGAAUCCCUUCGGGGGAACAUCAUCAUCAUCAUCUCAGAAUGGCACCAUAAAGCAACAACUGGGUGCCCCCAAUAACGAUCCCGACGUGAUCGAUACCAUUGAGAAUGAAGUGGAACGUGCCCACGAUUUGUUGGACUUAGAACUAUCCGGUCAUGGUUUUCAUCGCUCGCCAAAUGCAGCGGCAGCCACCUCAUCGGUGGUAUCGCAACAACAUUUGGGUGGUAGUCUCUAUUCCAGCAUGCCGGCGGGCAUACGAUCGGCCAUUGUGGCAAGUGCGGCAAUUGUAUUAACAGCAUUGGGCACAUUUAUGGUGAUCUUUGUUGUCUGUCGCUGGAAACAGCAUCGUCGUCGAAAGACUAGCUAUCUGAAGACUUACAAUGCCAUGAAGAGCAAAUUGCCACAAUUGGCCCAAACGGCAACAGCGUCGCGACGUUCCUCAAUGCGUCAGCACAUGGAGGAGCUUGUUGUGGGCACCAACAACAACAACACCCAUAGUAGCCACAGCAAUGGCAAUGGCAUAAGCAGUAUCUCUACGGCCGUAUCAUGCACCACGCCCGUGCAUCAUCAAUUGCAACGCCAGAGUUCAUUGCUUUUUACACGGGACGGCUCAACCACAUUGAGUACGGCAACUUCAUUAACAACAACAACUGCGGCGCCAGCAACGGGAACACCAACAACUCUAAUGGGCGGACGUAGUCCGACAUCAUUAGCCUUAUCACUGCGUAAUGCUGCUGCCCAUCAAAAACUGAAUACCAUGGAUCCAAAUUCACCGGAAGUUCAAGAAUAUCUAUUUGAUACAUUACGCAAAUCUUUUGAUAAUUAAGGCUGGCUCAAAGGGGCUCAAUCUAUGGAUCAGUAAUGUGAAAGUAAUGUUGUUGUUUUAGGCCAAGUUUUUUAUGAAAUAUACAUACACAACUCCCUCCCCUCCCCUCCCAACCUAUGCAUUCCAUCCAUUCCCCCGUUCCCAACCCAAAAAGGCGAAAUGUUAGUCGAUUAAUUAGUCUAAGGGAAAUUGUAUUGUAAUAGUAUUUUUUUUGUCUAAAGUAGAAGUAAUUGCAAAGUAAAUUAAA